AUGAGUGGUUUAGCAACAUCUAUUGGAUUAGCUUUAGCUGCCACAUCUGCUGUAAUAUUUGUUAUGUCUAUAGCAAAUAGAGAAAAGCACACAGAGCCAUCCAGUAUUGGAAAUAAAUCAAAUAUAUACAGGGACCCAAAUGGUCCAGAUGUUCAAUUUAUUUUGUUUUUAAGGAAUUCUUCACCAGUAAAUAUAAAUAUUGGAGAUGUUGAUACAUUAAAAGCUACUGGAUUUAAUUUCAACGAAUCUCUAAAAAUAAUUACACACGGCUUUUUGAGUAGUAUUGCGGAGGAGGUUUUUCAAAUAAAUAAAGAUGCAUAUUUAGAUACAGGAAAUGCUAAUGUAUUUGGAAUGGACUGGUCUGUUUUGUGUCAAGUGGAAUAUAUUUCAGCAAUGAAAGGUGUUGAAAUAGCAGGUGUUGCUCUGGCAAAGUUUGUCGAGUGGUUGGUCUCCUUUGGGGUAUCUAUUGAUAAAGUUCAUUUAAUAGGUCACAGUUUAGGUGCUCAUGUCGCAGGAGUUGCUGGAAGCAAAAUCCUUAAUGGAAAAAUUGGCCGAAUAACAGGAUUAGAUCCAGCGGGUCCAGGUUUUAACGAUAUUAAUGGUGAUCUGAAACUGGAUCCGCAAGAUGCCCAAUUGGUAGAUGUUAUACAUACUUAUAUGAAAGUAUUGAGUUUGGCUCAACCACUGGGACAUUUUGACUUUUAUCCUAACGGUGGAAGGUUUCAACCAGGUUGUCCAGAUAUAUAUGAUAUUAUACACAUAUCUGAAAGUUUGAUAUGUAAUCAUGGUAGAUCCUUUCGUUUAUUCGCUGAAUCAAUAAGAAAUAAAAAAGCAUUCAAGAGUAAAAAAUGCGCAUCAGUAGAUGAUGCCUUAUACAGUCGCUGUUUUGAAGAUUCAGAAGUUUAUAUGGGACAACCUGAAACCUACACUGCAUAUGGAUUAUAUUAUGUUAAAACCGCAGCAAAUUAUCCAUAUUCCAUUUAA